AUCACAAGAAUCCCAGCUUAUCUCUACAUGAUAGCUAUCCAGCUCUAUCUCCCGCUAUUGAAUUAUAUUUGAAAUCUGGACUUCUAAACCAACUCAAAUAAGGAAAACUAGUGCAAAUCUAUUUCAACCCUCAACUCUAUAAAUAGGCCCUACACAAUAUACAUAAACAUAUUCUCUCAUCUAUAGACUCUCUCUAUUACAUCAGAAAUUACAUAUUAGAGCUCACAGAUCUUGAAGGCCCCGAAAAAAGUACAUUUAACAUAUUCUAUUAAGAAAGUACCAUAAUUUAUCUUGUUUUGCUUCAACUUUUUCUCAAUUAUAACAAAGAUAUUUGCCAAGUUUUUGUUCUCUCAGUACAAUCUGUAAGCAGGUGACAGGCGUCGUCUGCUCAUCAUCUCUAUUGCGUGGUUUCCAAUGACGGACGACUCCUCUGCAGUGCGCUACAACGGUCUUCAGGGAAAAGUAGCCAUAGUAACCGGCGGUGCAAGUGGCAUCGGCGAGGCCACGGCGCGCCUUUUUGCCCAACACGGCACACGCAUGGUCGUGAUCGCCGAUAUCCAAGACCAACUGGGUCAACAAGUAGCAACAUCCAUCGGCAUAGACAAGUGCAACUACAUCCACUGUGAUGUUGCUGACGAACACCAAGUCAAAUCCAUGGUGGAAUCAACCGUCCAGAAACACGGCCAGCUCGACAUCAUGUUCAGCAACGCUGGGAUUCUAAGUCCCUCCGAUCAGAUUGUCCACGAGCUUGACUUUUCGCAGUUUGACCGGCUGUUUGCAAUCAACGUGCGUGGCAUGGCCCUGUGCGUGAAACACGCGGCGCGUGCGAUGGUCGAAGGGCGCGUGAGGGGGAGCAUCGUGUGCACGGGGAGCGUGGCCGCUAGCCACGGCGGGAAGAUGCGAACCGAUUACUGCAUGUCGAAGCACGCAGUGCUGGGCCUGGUUCGAUCGGCUAGCGUGCAGCUUGGGGUGCACGGGAUUAGAGUGAACUGCGUGUCACCGAAUGCCCUGGCGACGCCGUUGACGACCCACAAGCUAGGGAAGAGCGUGGAGGAGAUUGAGAAGGUGUAUGAGACAUUCGCGAGGCUGAAAGGGUCUGUGCUGAACGUUAAGGAUGUGGCGGAUGCUGUGCUCUUCCUUGCUUGUAAUGAGUUUGUGUCUGGACAUGAUCUGUUGGUGGAUGGUAGCUUCGCGGGGUAGCACUUGAUUGCAGCAAAUUGUAAAUUUUUCAAAAAAGUAUUGAAUACAAUUCUACCCGUAUAAUAACACAAACAAGGAUAGGCUACUUUCCGUCCAAAUGAACCGAAGAGAAG